AUGCUCCCCAAGGACGCCUACAGCGAUGAUGCGUUGGCUGAUAAGGGUGGCUAUGCAGACUUCGCCACGAAGUCUGCUGGGGCUUCAACGAAGACUAGUGGCCCAGCUGAUGAUGACGACGAUGCUGUUUUAUCCAGUGGACUGGACGAUGAUCUGGCUGAAAAAAGCGACGAUACAGCAACCAAAGCUUCUAAAUCUACUAAGUCUGGGACCGAAACUCCAUACGCUGGAAAGAUCUAUGCUGACAGUGGAUUAGGAUUGAUCGGGGAUGAUGAUCAACCUAAAAAAAGCAAUCGGGUACCGCCCCAAGAAGAUGUCGACUCGGCUCUUGAUGACCCAGUACAGAUGUAA